AUGGGCAUUUGUCUGUUAAAAGGCCAAUGGCUGUGGCUUCUGUAUGUUUUGCUGAUACAUAUUGUAAUUGUAAUUAAUAACAUUGAAGCGAUCAGUCCUGAUGGCGAGGCACUUGUCAGCUUCAGGACAACAAUUAUUAGUUCUGAUGGUAUCCUGUUACAGUGGAGGCCUGAGGAUCCUGACCCAUGUAAAUGGAAAGGAGUGAAAUGUGAUCCAAAAACCAAGAGAGUGACGCAUCUGAUUCUAUCACACCAUAAGUUAAGUGGGUCUUUAUCACCUGACCUUGGAAAGUUAGAUCACCUGAAAGUUCUUGCUCUUCAUAACAACAACCUUUAUGGGAUAAUUCCACCAGAAUUGGGAAAUUGCACGGAAUUGCAGGGAAUCUUCUUACAGGGUAAUUACCUUAGUGGAAUAAUUCCAAGUGAAAUAGGAAAUCUCUCGCAGCUCCAAAAUUUGGAUAUAUCAAGCAAUUCCCUUGGAGGGAAUAUUCCAGUAUCAAUUGCAAAGUUAUAUAAUCUAAAAAAGUUCAAUGUAUCAACCAAUUUUCUGGUCGGACCAAUACCUUCUGAUGGUGUCCUAGCCCACUUUACAGAAAGCUCGUUUGUUGGAAACCGAGGUUUGUGUGGAGUACAAAUUGAUUCAACAUGUAAAGAUGAUGGUUCGCCUGGGGAAAAAUCUUCAGACCAAAAUCAAAAUGUAAAGAAGAAAUAUUCUGGCCGACUUCUCAUCAGUACAUCAGCAACUGUGGGCGCACUACUUUUGGUGGCACUUAUGUGCUUCUGGGGUUGUUUUCUAUAUAAGAAGUUUGGUAAAAAUGAUAGAGUUAGUCUUGCUGUGGAUGUUGGUUCAGGUGCAUCGAUUGUGAUGUUUCAUGGAGACCUACCAUAUUCUUCGAAAGACGUUAUCAAGAAACUAGAGACUUUGAAUGAGGAACACAUAAUAGGAGUAGAGGAAAAAGAAAGGAUAACAACCCACGCCAAUUUUCUGCCGCAACAAAUAUCGCAAACCAUUAUGCACACCGGACUGCAUUUAAAACUGUACCGACAAUACCCUGCUGCAAACCUGUUACACACAACAGCCUGCAAAACAAAGCAGCCAACCCAACAAUUACCCUGCUGA